CACGUGACCAGACGUCAAAUAAAGCAGCAGGCGAAAUCUUUGUGAGUGGAACGAGCUACGGAGGCGCUCAAUGAAAGGAUCAUGUCCCCUGCCCCAGCUAAUGAGUUGGGCUACAAACCCCUGGAUGGUGGAUGGGGUUGGAUGGUGGUGGUCGGGGCCCACAUUUCUAUUGGAUUUGCGUACUCUACUCCCAAAGUCCUCUCCAUUUUCUUCAAAGAGAUCCAAGAACAUUUAGGGGCCAGCUACAGUGAAAUAGCAUGGAUCUCCUCCAUCAUGCUAGCUGCCAUGUAUGCAGGCGGACCAGUGAGCAGUGUGUUGGUUAAUCGCUAUGGAAGCCGACCAAUAGUCAUACUGGGUGGACUGUUGUGUGGAGUCUCUAUGGUAACCGCUUCUUUUGGGAACUCCAUCGUCUACCUCUACCUUUGCAUCGGCGUCAUAGGAGGCUGUGGACUCUCCUUAAACCUCAAUGCAUCUCUCACCAUCAUCAGCAAGUAUUUCCUGAACAAGCGUCCUUUAGCUAACGGACUAGCCAUGGCUGGGAGUCCAGUGUUUCUGUGCAUCCUGGCACCUGUCAACCAAUAUUUACUGCACCAGUUUGGCUGGAGAGGAAGUCUCCUUAUCCUCGGGGGUCUGAUGCUCAACUGUUGUGUUGCUGGGGCCUUGAUGAGGCCUGUCGUUCCGCCUCGCAAGCCGUCCACUUGUGCACUACAGGAGAAAGUGGAGGAACAGCCAAAUAAUAGCACCACCAAGCAAAAAAGAAACUGUAUGAACAAUGCUAAAAAGUUCUUGGAUUUGAGCUUCUUCAAGGAUAGAGGCUUUGUCAUCUACCUCAUUGGGAACAUUAUGUUCAUCUUCGGUGCCUAUGCGCCCAUUGUGUUCCUGUCUGCCUAUGCUAUUAACCAAGGCGUAGAGGAGUACUCCGCAGCCUAUCUGCUCUCUAUUAUGGGCUUUGUCGACAUGUUUGUCCGGCCUGGCACUGGCCUGAUAGCCAGCAGCAAGUGGAUCAGGCCCAGAAUCCAGUACUUCUUCGGCUUUGCCAUGGUUUUCAACGGCACAUGCCACUUACUGUGCCCACUGAUCAAGAGCUAUGCCUUCCUGGUGACAUAUGCUGUAUUUUUUGGCGUGGGUUUCGGCAUGGUUUUCGCCCUGAUAUUCGAAUGUCUGAUGGACCUGAUGGGAAAUGAACGCUUCCCCAGCGCUGUUGGACUGGUCACCGUCAUUGAGUGCUUCCCCAUGCUGCUGGGACCACCUACUGCAGGUUUACUGGUGGACAUCUUUGGUGACUACAAAUACCUUUUCUUCAUGUGUGGGUCAGUGAUCGUGACUGGUGGGCUGUUUAUCUUCAUCAUGAACAUUUACAACUACUACAUGCUGGAUAAGGAGAAGCAAGCAAAGGUCAGAGAGCAGAACCAAAUGAACAUAGAGAACCAAGACCAGAUGAGGGCCUAAGCCUAAAGAGACUAACAGAGCCCUG